AUGUCAGUCCGAGGCAGGAGCCAGCCCGACCUGGUUGCUCAGUGUCUGGCAGCCAGCACCUUCCCCCCACAAAUAUCUCACCUGGCCUUACCUGGCCCCACCUGGCCUCACCUGGCCCCACCUGGCCCCACCUGGCCUCACCUGGCCUUACCUGGCCCCACCUGGCCUGUCCCACCUUCCUGUGGACCUGUAGUAUCUCACCUGGCCUCACCUGGCCCCACCUGGCCCCACCUGGCCUGUCCCACCUUCCUGUGGACCUGUAGUAUCUCACCUGGCCUUACCUGGCCCCACCUGGCCUCACCUGGCCCCACCUGGCCCCACCUGGCCUGUCCCACCUUCCUGUGGACCUGUAGUAUCUCACCUGGCCUUACCUGGCCCACCUGGCCUCACCUGGCCUGUCCCACCUUCCUGUGGCCUUGUACUAUCUCACCUGGCCUUACCUGGCCCCACCUGGCCUGUCCCACCUUCCUGUGGACCUGUAGUAUCUCACCUGGCCCCACCUGGCCUGUCCCACCUUCCUGUGGACCUGUUGUAUCUCACCUGGCCUCACCUGGCCCCACCUGGCCCCACCUGGCCUGUCCCACCUUCCUGUGGACCUGUAGUAUCUCACCUGGCCUUACCUGGCCCCACCUGGCCUCACCUGGCCUCACCUGGCCCCACCUCGCCCCACCUGGCCUGUCCCAUCUUCCUGUGGACCUGUACUAUCACACCUGGCCCCACCUGGCCCCACCUGGCCUGUCCCACCUGCCUGUGGACCUGUACUAUCUCACCUGGCCCCACCUGGCCCCACCUGGCCUGUCCCACCUUCCUGUGGACCUGUACUAUCUCACCUGGCCCCCAUCUGGCCCCACCUGGCCUGUCCCACCUUCCUGUGGACCUGUACUAUCUCACCUGGCCCACCUGGCCCCACCUGGCCCCACCUGGCCUGUCCCACCUUCCUGUUGA